AGCUACUGUGGUAUUCAUGACCCUGCUUGCGUGGUCUACUGUAACACAAGUAAAAAGUGGUUCUGCAAUGGACGUGGAAACACCUCUGGAAGCCACAUUGUAAACCAUCUGGUCAGAGCAAAGUGUAAAGAAGUUACUUUGCACAAGGAUGGACCUCUGGGAGAAACGGUAUUGGAAUGCUACAACUGUGGUUGCAGAAAUGUGUUUCUUCUUGGAUUUAUCCCUGCAAAAGCUGAUUCAGUGGUUGUGUUGCUGUGCAGGCAGCCCUGUGCUAGUCAAAGCAGCUUGAAGGAUAUUAACUGGGACAGCUCUCAGUGGCAGCCACUUAUACAAGAUCGUUGCUUCCUCUCCUGGCUGGUGAAGAUCCCAUCUGAACAAGAGCAGCUGAGAGCUCGCCAAAUUACAGCGCAGCAAAUAAACAAGCUAGAGGAGCUCUGGAAGGAAAACCCUUCUGCAACCCUAGAAGAUCUGGAAAAACCCGGUGUUGAUGAAGAGCCUCAGCACGUUUUGCUUAGAUACGAGGAUGCAUAUCAGUACCAAAAUAUAUUUGGACCCCUUGUGAAACUUGAGGCCGACUAUGACAAAAAGCUGAAGGAGUCCCAGACUCAAGAUAACAUUACAGUACGAUGGGACCUUGGCCUUAACAAGAAAAGAAUUGCUUACUUCACUUUGCCAAAAACAGAUUCUGACAUGCGUUUAAUGCAAGGGGAUGAAAUAUGUUUGCGGUACAAAGGCGACCUUGCUCCUUUGUGGAAAGGGAUUGGACAUGUAAUAAAGGUCCCAGACAGUGAUGAAAUUGCCAUUGAAUUGAGAAGCAGCGUUGGUGCACCAGUGGAAGUUACUCACAAUUUUCAGGUGGAUUUUGUUUGGAAGUCAACCUCAUUUGACAGAAUGCAGAGUGCAUUAAAGACAUUUGCUGUUGACGAAACAUCAGUUUCGGGGUACAUAUAUCAUAAGCUUCUUGGCCACGAGGUGGAAGAUGUAAUUAUCAAAUGCCAGCUUCCCAAGAGAUUUACUGCACAAGGACUCCCAGAUCUGAACCACUCACAGGUUUAUGCAGUGAAGACUGUUCUGCAACGCCCACUCAGUCUUAUUCAAGGUCCUCCUGGUACUGGAAAGACUGUAACAUCUGCUACAAUUGUCUACCAUCUUGCUAGACAGGGAAAUGGCCCUGUCUUGGUCUGCGCCCCAAGCAACAUUGCUGUGGAUCAGUUAACGGAGAAGAUACAUCAGACAGGUCUCAAAGUUGUUCGACUUUGCGCAAAAAGUCGCGAAGCAAUUGAUUCUCCGGUUUCUUUUUUGGCAUUGCAUAAUCAAAUUCGGAAUAUGGAAAGUUUCAGCAUGCCAGAGCUGCAAAAGUUGCAGCAGCUUAAGGAUGAAACUGGGGAGCUUUCUUCCGCUGAUGAAAAACGAUACCGAGCCCUUAAAAGAGCAGCUGAAAGAGAGCUGCUUAUGAAUGCGGACGUGAUUUGCUGUACCUGUGUGGGUGCCGGGGAUCCUAGGCUUGCAAAAAUGCAGUUCCGUUCAAUUCUGAUUGAUGAAAGUACUCAAGCCACAGAGCCAGAAUGCAUGGUGCCAGUUGUUCUUGGAGCAAAGCAGCUAAUUUUGGUGGGAGAUCACUGUCAGCUUGGACCUGUUGUGAUGUGUAAAAAAGCUGCUAAGGCUGGCCUGUCCCAGUCUUUGUUUGAAAGACUUGUGGUUCUGGGAAUCAGACCUAUUCGCCUGCAGGUUCAGUAUCGAAUGCACCCUGCACUGAGUGCUUUUCCAUCAAACAUCUUCUAUGAAGGCUCCCUUCAAAAUGGCGUCACUGCAGCGGAUCGUGUGAAGAAGGGUUUUGAUUUCCAAUGGCCACAGCCGGACAAACCAAUGUUUUUUCUAUGUAACCCAGGGACAGGAAGAAAUUGCAAGUUCAGGCACUUCCUAUUUAAAUAGGACUGAAGCGGCUAAUGUGGAGAAAAUCACAACAAAACUUCUGAAGGCAGGGGCCAAGCCAGAUCAGAUAGGGAUAAUUACUCCCUAUGAAGGCCAGAGGUCCUACUUAGUGCAGUACAUGCAGUUCAGUGGCUCCUUGCAUACCAAACUGUAUCAGGAAGUAGAAAUUGCCAGUGUUGAUGCAUUUCAAGGUCGAGAGAAGGACUUUAUUAUUCUGUCCUGUGUAAGAGCUAAUGAGCACCAGGGCAUUGGAUUUUUAAAUGAUCCCCGUCGUCUCUGAAUGUAGCUUUGACCAGAGCAAGGUACGGUGUAAUUAUUGUGGGCAACCCAAAAGCAUUAUCAAAGCAGCCUCUAUGGAAUCAUCUAUUAAAUUAUUACAAAGAGCAGAAAGUUCUAGUGGAGGGACCUUUGAACAAUCUCCGGGAGAGUCUCAUGCAAUUCAGUAAACCACGCAAACUUGUAAACACCAUUAAUCCGGGUGCCCGCUUUAUGACAACUGCCAUGUAUGAUGCUCGAGAAGCUAUAAUUCCUGGGUCUGUUUAUGAUCGAAGCAGUCAAGCUCGACCCUCAAAAACAUGUACUUUCAAACGCAUGAUCAGAUAGGCAUGAUUAGUUCGGGACCCAGCCAUGUACCUGCUAUGAACAUUCCUAUACCUUUCAAUCUGGUCAUGCCUCCAAUGCCCCCACCGGGCUACUUUGGUCAAGCCAAUGGACCAACUGCAGGUCGGGGCAUGCCUAAAGGAAAGGCAACCCGUGGUGGACGCCAGAAACAGAGAGGCAUAGGACUUCAAGGCAUGAGCCAGGGACACAUGCCCAACAGCCAAGCCAGCCAGGAUGUUGUAUCUCAGCCAUUCUCUCAAGGCCCUCUAACACAAGGUUAUAUAUCCAUGAGCCAGCCUUCCCAAAUGAGUCAGCCGGGACUCUCCCAGCCAGAAUUAUCUCAGGAUAGCUACCUUGGUGAUGAAUUUAAGUCACAAAUUGAUGUUGCGUUAUCGCAGGAUUCUACUUACCAGGGUGAACGUGCAUAUCAACAUGGAGGCGUGACUGGGCUGUCACAGUACUAA